UCAGUUUAAACAAGUGUGUUACGUUUCAUUUCAAGCCACUUGUUAUUCAAAUUAGUAACCAUUUCUGUAGAGUAACAAAUAGCUUUGUUUUUCAUAGGAAUAUUUAUGUUACAAUUUAGUGAAAAAGUGUUGGUAAAAGAAAAUCUUUCAAAUGGGAAAGGCGCAGCAGACGUUGACAGGAGUGGCCGCCUCAUUCGCCGCUCUCCUGAUGGGUUCCUUAAAUGUGUGGACUUCAUACACUCUUCAGCACUUCACAUCACCAAACAGUACGAUCUUGGAGACACCAAUGACAGAAUUCCAAGCGUCUCUGGUGGGCAGUUUACCGUCUUUGGGCGCCAUGAUCGGAUCGGCUAUAACUGGAGCUCUGAUAAAUAGCUAUGGAAGAAAACUAGGGGCGAUUAUGCUGGUGUUGCCAUAUAUUUUCCAUUGGGUCACAAUAUUCAUGUCAUCGUCCGCGUUGCCGAUCAUGGUGGCUCGGUUCAUCGGCGGGAUUCCGGGCGGGGCGUAUGUCGUGUACGCACCCAUAUACAUCUCGGAAAUAGCAGAGCCCGCCAUUAGAGGGUCUUUAGCUUCAGCAACCGUGACAUUUUACUUCAUGGGUGCGAUUGUAUCGUAUCUGAACGGUUGGUUCAUCUCCUACCGCACCAUCAUUCUCAUAAACCUGGCCCUCUGCGCCAUCAAUAUCGUCCUUUUGUCGCUGGUCGUAGAGAGCCCAAUGUUCCUCCUUAGACAGAACAAGGAACAGGCGGCGCUAAAAGCGCUAGCGCACUACAGGGACGGAUCAACGACGUCCAAAAGCGUCCUUGAGGAGCUCUCUGCGAUGAGACAGCAGCUUUACUCGCCGAUUGAGAUGGCCAGUGUACGAACAGGGCCAGAGGUGGAGGAAGGCGAAAAAGAGAAAUUAAACGCUGACCAAGUCGAAGUUGUGAUUCCGCCUAAAGUGCCUGCUUGGAAAUUAUUAUUCACGUCCCGAUCCAGCCGUAGAGCCUUUUUAGCAGUCGGGACAAUACUAACACUACAGGUCUUGAUGGGUGCCGUUGCAGUGCAAGUAUACGCAGGGCAGAUCUUCGCAAAAGCGGCGCCUGGCAAAUCAUCAAGCUUCUGUUCUGUGCUGGUCGCACUGACUUCCUUCGGUGGCUGCGCACUUGCGAUGGCCAUCACAGACAAGGCUGGAAGACGGGCUUUAAUAAUAUCAUCGUCAGUAUUAUCGGCGCUCUGCAUGGGCGCUCUAGGUGCCCAGCUACAGUCGGGCACACCACCGCUGCUAACUGCAGGGACUAUCCUGGUCUUCUGCUUUUUGUUCAACUACGGCGCUGGACCCAUUCCUUAUGUGUUAAUGGCUGAAGUCUUCAGUCCGGAGGUCCAAAGCAUCGCCUCAAUGAUCCUGAUGGAGAGCAUGUGGUUCACCAAUUUCCUACUCAUCGCCAUUUUCCCCACCAUCCUAUCCCUGGUGGGAAUGCACGGCGCAUGCUUUGGCUUCGCAUGCGUCGCGCUUGGGAACGCAUGCUUUUCCUACUUCCGAGUCCCGGAGACGAAAGGGCUGAGUGGGAAGGACAUACAGGCGUUGUUUGCUAAAUAAAUUUUGUAGAAUAGAG